UUUAUUGAAAAACGAGCACUUGAAUAUAUGUUUGUUCUACAAUCUAAAUCACAGUGAUGUUACUUUUGUUGUUCUUCAAAAGUUAUGGCCUAAACAUUUAUAUAUUUCUUUUGUCAACUCUUCGACAGGGGAAUAAUCCAUUUUAGCUUCACGCAUCGCUUGUUUAGUAAAGAGAACAUUCUUGCACAGUGGCUCAACUCGUCAUUCACCAUACCCCGCCACGAUCUAAGACUGACCACCUCUCCGAAAAGCAGUUCCACUUUCAGAAAAGUGGUUUCAUGGGAAAACCAACAUGGCAGAGGAAUUUACCACCAAAACUGUUCGGAAAGACGGAGGAAUUGUGAUCAAUGAUGACUGGCCAGGUUACAGUUUAGACCUGUUUAACUAUCCUAAACACUACUCUGGGGAUUUAGAGUGUGUCUACAUCCCACAUGGUGUCAUCAUGGACAGGACAGAACGGCUAGCCCGCAACAUCAUGGAUGACCUGGGCGACCAUGACACGGUGGUGCUGUGUGUCCUGAAAGCUGGCUACCAGUUCUGUGCCGACCUGGUGGAGAGGAUCAAAGCACUGAGCCGCAACUCAGACCACACUCUGCCGAUGAGUGUCAACUUCAUCCGCCUCAAGAGUUAUGUGAAUGACCAGUCAACAGAGGACCUCCACAUAAUUGGAGCGGAAGACCUCUCCUUCUUGACUGGAAAAAACGUCCUAAUUGUUGAGGCCAUAGUAGACACAGGCAAAACAAUGACUACACUCCUUAAACACGUGGAGGCCUUCAGGCCCAAAAUGAUCAAAGUGGCAGGUUUGCUGGUGAAGAGAGUGCCAAACAAUUCAGGAUGUUUCCCAGAUUAUGUUGGUUUUGAGAUACCCAAUCAUUUUGUGGUUGGAUAUGCCUUAGACUACAAUGAGUAUUUCAGAGACCUCAAUCAUAUCUGUGUGAUCAGUGAAAGCGGCAAGCUGAAAUACAAGGUCUAGGAAGUGAUGCUUAUAGGAUUCUGCAUAAGAGAAGUGUUUCGACAAGAAGCUUGCACACUUCCCCUGAGAGCACUGCGACAACUGUUUACAGACCCAAAGACCUUCACCCAUCCUCACUGCUGGUUGGCCACAAUCCAGUACAAAUCAGAACACUAUGAGGAGUAACCAUAGAUUCACCAUCGGACUCGAUGCAUAAUAAUCGUUUUUCUAACAAAGCUGUGAACCUGUAAUGUUCAUUUACAAUUUUAAUUAAACCUGUCCAUUAGAAAUAUACAGAAUAUAAUUAAUGACUGGAAAUGUUAGCCAUGUUUUACUCAUUUCAAGCUGACUGCUGUAUCUAGAACAUAUUUUACCUCUGAUAAAGUGAAAAGAUUAAAAAAGACGGAAACACA